AGAAGGGAUUGCCCCGUUUGGGUUGCCUUGACGUCGCUGAUUCGGGGGGAGGAGAGCGAAACCGAUUCUUCAGAAAAGGUUCCUCUUGUGGCAAAUAAUACGGAGAUACAGCUAGUUUUGUGGGUUGGGAUUCAAAAAGAGCAAUCAUGGGGGAGAGCAAAUAUUCGUACCACAAUCCCAAUGGCUUUCCGGAAACCACGGAUCGUGGUUGUUGUAGCAUCCCGUGCUUGAAAUUCUCACUCAUAUUAUUCAAUGUGAUCUUGUUCGUCAGUGGCUUGAUCUUGGGAGGAGUGGGUCUUUGGACCAUCCUUGACAAGCACACAGCUCUACUUUGGCUCUCUUCGGGGAUAUACGAUCUCAUAGGACACGUUCUUAUGAUUGCAGGUCUAAUUGUCCUCAUGACCACCAUUUUGGGAUGUUGCGGGAUCAUGAAGACCUCGAGAUCCAUGGUUUUGACCUAUUCCAUCGUCCUGGUGAUCAUUUUCCUGAUCGAGAUCGGAGCUGGCGUUUUAGCUUACAUGUAUCGAAGACAACUCAGUACGGAAUUGGCGGACAAUCUGUCUGAGAAGUUCAAUUCUCGCUAUGGUGUCGAUAAUGACACAACAGAGGCCGUGGAUCACUUGCAGAUUAGUCUGGAGUGUUGUGGAGUCCACGAUUUCAUGGAUUGGCAGAAUUCGGCGUGGUUCGAGUUGCCUCAAAGAAGAAACAACAAAGUGCCGGAUUCGUGCUGCAUCAGUCCUGGUCGAUACUGUGGUGUGCGAGAUCAUCCAAGCAAUAUCAGAUAUACCGGUUGUGUGGACCAAGUUGGUCAAAUUGCUGGCGAUCAUUUGAUGAUCGUGGGAACGGUGGCCUUUGGACUGGGCGUUCUGCAACUUCUGGGGACCUUGCUGAGUUGUUUGCUACAACGGAAAAUCAGAGACUUGACUUACUACGCUUGAGAUUAGUAUUAUUGCUCGCUUUCUACUUCAGUCCCUCCCUCCAAUGAGUUUAAGACAUGUUUGUGAAAAAAUGGUGCUUUUUUUAAAAAAAUAGUAAUCGUUGAAAUUGUAUAAAGGAGUCUGACUAACAAUUCAGAAUGAAUCAUCACGUAUAUAUUGUGAGUGCCAUAAAUUUGCUUCGUCCAAGACAAAUAAAUAAGUUACAUUACACGAA